CGGUGGGAGGCCUCACCUGUGCACAUCUGAACGCUUCGAAAGGAUACCUUGCCCGUAUUACUUUACGGUUUCACUCUCGGAGACGCAGCCAUGGCAUCCACGUCGACGAAGGCGGCCACCACGGAAUCAAUUCUGAAACCGGUAACGACUUUGAAGGGUCAUGGAGAUAGCAUUCCAUCCAUAUCGUACUUUCCAGACGGCCAACGAAUGAUCAGCGGAUCUUUGGACAAGACCGCUCGGCAAUGGGAUCUGAAGGCGGGCAAGGAGAUUGAGGGAGCCCGAGGUGUUUUCGAGGGGAUGGUAUUUGCAGUGGCAGUAUCAGGGGAUGGUCGAUGGGUUGUCACUGGCGGUGGAGAUGUGGAUAGGCCAGAGCUGAAAGCCUUUGAGGUUGAGACGGGGAUUGUGAAAAUAUUCGAAGGACACUUACAGCAAAUCAACUGCAUUGAUAUCUCUGCGGAUAAUACCCUGCUGGCGAGCGGAUCACUCGAUGAAACAGUGCGGAUAUGGAACUUGGAGACUGGCAAACUUUUGGCUGGUCCAUUCAAGAGCAUCGGUUUCGUGGGCGCGGUUCGAUUCUCACCAGACUCGAAAAAGCUCGCAGUCAAGUUAGAUUGGGGGACGGGCCUCGAAAUCUGGGAUGUUCAAUCACAGAAAUUGGAUGUCAGGAUAGGGAAAGCCAGUGGAACUGGAGCCACGUUAUCGCCAAUUCUCUGGACAAACAAAAACAAAACCAUCAUAGCCGCAUUCCAAUUCAAUUUCACCGCGGAUUCAGAUCUGUAUGACUUCCCCAAGACAAUCUACGAGUUUGAUGCGGUUACACUGGAGACUGUCGGAGCUGCCUUUGAAAGGCACACCGAGUACAUUCAUGGUCUAGCACUUUCAUCUGAUGGAGUUCUCCUUGCUAGCGUUUCAUACGAUAACACCAUGAAGCUCUGGGCUUUCGAGUCACGACAGCUCCUCGCCUCCUUCGACGUUCAGGAUCCCUCCCUCCUUAUCCUCUCAUCCGAUUCACGCCAACUAAUUUACACGACAUACGCUCAGGACGAAUGCAAGAUCUGCAUCUGUGAUACUCCACCUGACAUCCUUACUCAGGCCCGUAUUAUUGCACGCAAAAAGUCGGCCCAUAGGGGUAUCCUGAAUUCUGAUGCAACACGUCAUCAUCCUGCUGGGCUCCGCCGACCGCCGAUAUUCGCCAUACCUAUGGUGCCGAGACCUCCGCCCACAAGAGACCCACAACAGCCCACUUUUCUUCGCCUGAGCAAAUUCCUUCGCUUCCCUCGCACGAAUGGAGUACGCCCUGGUCGGAAGGAUCAAUCUCGUAAUCCACUAGAUUUCCCUGCUACACUACCCUUGCCUCCCAAUCGCCUUCAUGGAGAAAGCGCUCCGUCGACUCUCUUGCCCGGUGGCAGGACCUUUUUCAACCCCAUUCCGUCGUCAUCAGAUAAGGGGAAACAAAAGGCGCGUGAACCCAAACGAAAAACUGUCGAAGUUGUCGAUGUUCCACUCGGACAAGUUACCUAUGGUGACGUUGUCGGUGUGGAUGAUGGAAUACGACCAUUUGUUCUCUUCUUUUGCCUCAGCUGGUUCCAGAAAAAGGAGAAGAAGCAGGAACCACGGCCAGUCUAUGAUGAUGAACUCGAGGACGACGAAGAGGAAGAAAAUGUUCUUGAUCCAGUCACUGUGCCUCCUCCCGGCAUGAAGAAAUUGAAUUGAAAACGAUCACCAGUCAAUCACACCAGAAGCAGGACCAUCUCGCCUU